AUGGCAUUCUUUUUCCAGAGUCCUAUCGACCCCCUCGACCACGCAGAUGCCCAUACAGUACAGCCCCCCGUGGAUGGUGAGCCCAUGGUAUAUCAACUCGAAUGCGAAACUCCGACCCCCAGCUUUACUCAGCCCUUAGCUAUCCCAGGUUCUCAGGCCCAAAGCAGCCAGACAUCGCCCGAAACCACUUUGCAGACCUCUGUCAGAGAUGAUGAUGACCUUGAGCCAUGGAGGGCAGAAGACUAUGGGCAUGUGCCCUAUAUAACCGAAGAAGCUUACCAAGUUAUGGUCUCCACGUUUGAGCAACUCAAUAGCGACAAUGCAUAUUGUAUCCCCUUCACAAACAAACAUUUGCCAUCUCUACAGCACAUGCAGAUCUAUAUGCAGGUUUACUUUGAAGAGUAUCAUCCUGUUUUCCCUCUACUCCAUAAGGCAACAUUUUUACCUACUAAAGACAAUUGGCUACUGAGUCUUGCCGUUUCAGCGAUCGGGUGCCUGUUUUCGCAAACCGUACAGUCAAGAGAGGUCUAUCCCAUCAUGCAGGAAUUUCUACGCCGAGCUAUUCGCAUCCAGCUGGAACGGAGUCAGACUUCAACACCCAAUAUCUGUGUUGCUCAGGCUUCCGUCCUGAACCAGAUUGGCAUGAUGUACGGCGGUGACUUAAGAUUCGCAGAAUGCGCCCAGGAGACAAUGGCACAGCUUGCGACGCAAUGCCGCAAGAUAGCUUCAUUCUCAAACAUUUUAGGAAAUUCAUCAGUCGGUGAAAAUGUGGUAUCUAAAGACUGGCAAGCAUGGAUCAAGGCAGAGUUAGAAAUUCGUUUGUUUUAUUGCGCUUGGCUUGUAGAUAGCCAGCAAGUUGGAUUCUUCGCCUUCUCAUCCACGAUUCCAAUAGACUUUCUUCAAUCACCCAUGCCGGCCAAUGGAAAUGCCUGGGGCAUAUCUAGCGCCGAGACAUGGAAGAAUAGUCUCAAAGAGGAUUCAUCUUCUCAACAAUUAUUUUCUCUCCGACAGGUGCUCCUGGGCCUUUACCGCUAUCGUGAGAUCCCUGGCCAGCUUGAUGCGUUUAACUCGCUUCUUCUGGUCAUGGGUAUUCUUAAUGACCUGUCUUGGCUUCGUCAUGCUCAUUUGUAUCUGGAUAUACUGGAGCGACAUGUCGAGACUUUGCCACCAACAGCUCUUUCUCGAGCUGCCAUGACUAAUAUUCACAUGGUUUCACUCCUGAUAUACUUCCCGACUAGAGAGGUUAUUGCCUUUGGACGUUGGCGAGUCACCAAAACGCAGCAUUCAAUGGUUGUUGGUAAACUGAAGAGAUGGAUGUCCGAUACCCGCAGUGCACGAGAGGCUUUGAUACAUGCAUGUCGCAUCUGGUCUCAGAUUCGCUUAAGCCGUACCAAUGCUCAUCAUGAGGCACCGGCAUUCCUUCAUAGCGCUAUCUCGAUCUGGGCUUUGGUCGAGCAUAGUAAAGAGUUUGAUGUUGGCGAUGAAUUCCCAACCCUACGGCUGGAUGCUUCAAGUCAAGACGCCAAGUCCUGGGCCGCUGGAAACGACAAGAAACGCCUGUACUUGAGCGGGGUUGGUCUUCUGGGACAUCGAGGUGCCUUGGCGCGACUGAUAAAUGAGACUGCAAGAUUGCUAGAGGGAAAGAUUGCCUGGCCUCAAGCUUGGAGAACAGGGCCAUACCUGAAACAAUCUUAUGCCGAAUCACGGAUGCUUCAGUAA